UCCAAUACACAAUGCGUGUUUGACAGCCGCGGAGUUUCACGUCAAAAAAAAUAAAUCAUCGAGUCAUCACUCGACAGGUCAGGCAUGCCUGACAGUGUAAAUAAAUAAAGUCGGCGAGUAGUUGAGAAGAAGUGACAAUUGAGAUUAAUAUGGGAGAAUGGUUAUACACGGGAUUAUUUAUCUGCUUCUCGCACUGCCAGGAUGGCAGCAGGUGGCACUCGGCCUGGAGGAAGUCAGGACUGUCGAAGUGGACAUUGGACAGAAUUUAACUGUGGCCUGUGCUAACGACGAUGUGUCGCAGCAUCCUGGCAAUAGCACCAAUGUCAUGUGGGUCAGGGAGGGAAGGGAGGACAAGCAGUUUCAGAGAAUGAAAAUCGGCUCCAAUAAGGCACUGCAGCUGGUCAAUGUCAGUGCUGAGGAUGCCGGCAAUUACUUCUGCACACUGGAUAACGACAGUGGGGCGAAGAAGACGAGGAUCAAUAUACAAGUUAAAACUCCACCUCCUGCCCUCCACAACGUAUGGGUCAAGCCAUCCACAAUAUUGGCGAAUAUUCUCUGGGAGGUGAAUGGAACUGGUGGUUACCCAAUUAUUGACUUCACUGCCGAGUAUCGUUUAAAGCCAGUCCCGGGGAGAGAGCCUGAGGACUGGAAACCGAUUAUUCCAACGCACAUACCACCGAACUCUAGACAAAUCGAUGUUUACCAUUUGGAGCCAAACACAACGUAUUUAUUUCGCGUAUGGGCGACGAACAGGCUUGGUCGUGGGGAAAUUGUCGAGGUCGAGGGCCACACGCACUUUUCCGACGAGGAUAAAGAGCUUGCCAAGCAUCUUUUGGCAGGAGUUGAAAAUUUCGACACUCGAAUCUGGGUAGCAGCUGUAGCUAUUGUUAUGGGAACACUAAUGGUCCUCGGUUUAGGUACCUGUUAUCUCCUAUAUCGUGAGUGGAAAGUACCCUCGCAGCUGGAGGAACAGGAAGUGAUUGAACUCGUACCAAAUAUCAUAUUAAAUCCUGGAUUUUUUGACGAAAGAAGUGAGCGCAUACCGCAGGAUGAAAAUUACAACACCCACACGACAACUCGAUUGAAUAAUAACACUGUCAUUCUCCCGAGACGCCUCUAGCGAUCAUUUGUUCGAACAAAAUAGCCCGUUAUUGCGGUUUAACUGGAGAAUUUCCCAGUAAAUAAUAACGAAGUUGUAGUGUUUUUGACCCGUGGGCCCUCGGGGGGAGGGGCAAUUUUUUAAUGCAUUGUUGAGUUUUUUUUAACAAUGAAAGUGUUCAAAAAGUUUGGGAAAAAAGACUUUUUGCUAAUUCACGCCGAUUUUUUCAUUUUAAUAAGAAAAAAAAACACGUUGAUGAACGGUCGCUUGGGGCAGGGAGGAUCGACCAGUUGUUGAUUGUCGACUGCAUUUUUUAAUUGAUAAAUACGUUUAUGGUAAUUGUAAAAAUUCCGUGGUGAAAGAAAUGGAAUUUUUGGGGGGGAAAAUUCAUCGAGAAAGACUGCAGCGUCUGACGAUGGUCUCGAGAUUUUUUUUUUCCAAGGGUUUCGGGGAGACCAUCUGAGGACGAGAUUUAUCUGAUCUAUUGUUGAUCGAUUAUCGAUUGUACUCAAUUUUUCGCAUGACACUGUCUCAAUUUUUCGGUUCGAUUGAAUUAAGUCAAAUGCUGGGGAUGGGGUUAUCGAGUAUGCGCUUUUGCUCUCGUCAUUGGGCAGGAAUUAAUCUUCGGGGAAAUGUCUUAGGACAUUUGACGAAACACUUGGGGAUACAGAGGGAUCGCUCGUUUCUCUGUGUUUGCGAGUGUUUAUUCAUUAAAGUAGCUCUACCCUUGCGGUAAAUUCAACGAUUAUUGAAAACUGCACAAAAAUGCAGAAAA